ACCACGAAAAUCUAUAUCCUUUGAUGAAAGUGCAACUUGAUUAAGUAUUAUAUACAAUCCUAAAAAUAAGUUUUAACAUUAAGAAACUUACCGUUGCAGUUUAACAACAAAGUAAAAUAAUAAUUACGUUAUCAACAAGUUUUGUUUAAAAUACAUUGAAUUCAGAAGAUUUAAUCGCAAUUAAAUUAAGUAAAAUACUAGAACUGCAAUAUGGAUCAACAGUUUAAAGAUGGUUCAGACUUCCCAAUUUUUUUGGACAACAAUGACCCUCUAGGCCAUUUCCGUCAUAGAUUCUAUCUUAAAAAAGAUACAAUUUAUAUGUGCGGAAAUUCCUUAGGCCUAGCAUCAAGGGACGCCGAAGCAGCCAUAUUAAAAGCUAUGCAAAAAUGGAAAGAGGAAGGCGUAAAAAUUUGGAACGUGGACGAUAACAAAUAUUUUCUGUACUCAGCAGAAUUAGCCAAAAUAAUGUCGGGAUUAGUCGGAGUCGACGCAGACGAAAUAGCAGUGUCCGCUUCUACUACAGUGAACAUACACCAAGCGGUCAGCACGUUUUAUAAGCCCACCAAGGACAGAUAUAAAAUCUUGGUGGACAAUAUAAAUUUCCCCACAGACAAAUACGCAAUUGAUAGCCAAGUGAGGUUGAAAGGCUACGAACCAAAAGAAGCAGUGAAAAUUGUUAAAUGUAGAGACUCUUUGAUGGAUGAAGACGAUAUCAUUGAAGCAAUGACUUCAGACGUAGCUUUGAUUUUACUACCUACAGUUUACUAUAGAUCUGCACAAAUUCUAAACAUGGCAAAGGUUACUAAAGCUGCAAAGUCAAAAGGUAUCAUAAUUGGCUGGGAUUUGAGCCAUGCAGUCGGCAGCAUAGAAAUUGAUUUGAAAUCCUUAGACAUAGAUUUUGCUGUGUGGUGUACUUAUAAAUACUUAAAUGGAGGUCCAGGAUCUACUUCAGCCCUUUAUAUAAAUAGAAAGCAUUUUAAAAAUCUGCCUGGUUUAGCUGGAUGGCUUGGCAACAAACCAGAGACACAGUUUCAACUACUGCAAGAUUUUGACCACCAGCAAGACGCUAACGGUUGGCUGAUAGGCACACCACAUCUACUUUCCAUGGCAGGUUUGGAAGGCUCCUUAAAAAUGUUCAACGAAGCUGGAAUGGCCAAUCUUAGGAAGAAAUCUUUGCAUAUAACAGCAUAUUUGAUGUUUUUGGUCGACACAAAAUUGGCAAGUUAUGGUUUUACUAUUGGUAAUCCUAGGGCCGACGAUAAGAGGGGAGGUCACGUAUGUUUAGAACAUGAUGAGGGUUACAGGAUCUCUAUAGCUUUGAAAGCUCGCGGUGUGGUGCCAGAUUUCAGAGACCCUAAUGUCAUACGCUUGACCCCUACGGCCUUGUACACGAGUUAUGAAGAAGUGUAUGAAAUAGUGGAAAUUAUAUUGGAUAUUGUCAAAAACGAGACUUACAAAAAAAUUAGCCAGAAAAGGAAUUUGGUUGUCUAAAAUUUGUAAUUUCUCAAGUAUCCAUUGUGUGUACUUUAGGCUGGGCGCACAUUGAUACUAGAGCGACUAUUGUACCAAAAUGAUUUAAUUUCAUACAUAGGACUGUAAAAAUCAGACACGGGGACAGCCUGCGGAACUACAGACUUAAUUCAUGUGCCACUGAUCGUGUCGCUUGAAAGGCUGUUUUUCGGAGGGAAAUCAAGCUGCAAUACUUCAACGGUUUUGAGGAUUUGGUACUAUAAUCCGAAAGUUCAUAGGUCCAAAUUCGACAAGCGCAAUAAUUAGUUAAGAGCAAAAAGGCAAUAGUGUUAAGUUUUCAUUCAACAUAGCGUUCUUUAUAUUAAUAUUAGAUCUAGCUUGUGGAAACACUUAAUAGCUAGAGUAACGAAGGUACAAGUUAAAAUGAAAUAAGCGGU